AUGCUCCGACUGCUCAAGCUGAUCUCAGUGCUGCCACUCAUCAGCGCCUCUCCCACCGUGCAAUCAGAUCCGCCGCCUCAGCUCGCAGAGCACCCGAGCUCAAGCGAGGAGCAGAUCGUCUGUCCUGUACCGACAGAAGCGAAAUGGGCUACAUUUGAGUUACCCGAUACUGAUCCCGGUUACUUUGACUUGCUCGUCUUUUUCGCUUGGCGCUCUGGCUCUUCCUUCGAAUUAGGCCAAUCGCAUCAUGUUACUCACAUGUGGGGAGAAGAGCAUCGUUUUCGACACGCCAAUGUCUCGAUUUGGGCUGAUAUGCCGAGUCCUAUCUCCGAUAGUGAGUCGCUUAAGCUCGGUGGUAAAGUCUCUGACGCGUCAACGAUCCGCAGUCGCUGGAUGCUGUCAGGUCAGUCUGCACGCUCAACAGCGCAGUGUGCUGAAUGGAAAGCCGCUGCUAGGGAGCAGUCCACUUUGAGUUCCGAGUCGGCGUUCUCUCGCACGACAGGUGCCGAGAAGACGGCUGGCGCUUGCGACGCAGCAGGCAUUGCCUACAGUCGGCAGGAAUGCAAGGGCGAAAUUGCCCUGUACGAAGAGCUUCGCACGUCCGGUCGACGCGUCACAGCUCGAUGA